UGAAGUGUGAGAGUUUGGAAGAUUAUAUGAGAGGGAGUCUGAAGAGAGACAUAGAAAGAGUAAGUAUUAUUUUACUCUGCCUCACACACAGGAGUCUGGCACAUUCAGGGGUCUUGCGGUACAAUUUGAUGAAACAGAAACGAUAAAUUCCUCUGGGGUGAGAUAAGAGGAAGGACGCUGAAAGGCUCUGAGUAUUGUGAAGGGAGAGGCUGGACUUUAGAGAUGGGGGGGUCAAAGACGUUCUUUCGGAGCUUCGAGAAUUUCUAGGUGGGGUCCUCAGGAAGGUUCUAUGACAGCACAGAGUUUUUAUGGGAGUCAUCAGGGAGGUUCCCGGAGGGGAGGAUGCUCUGGGACUUUCUAUGGCGGACUCUGGGACAUUCUUUGGGAGGGUGACUGUGGGGGCUCAGAGGCACUUGAGGAGGGAUGGCGCUUCAGGGACUCGACUUCUACGGAGGAAGCUUCAAGAAGGUGCCCAGGUCCCUGAAUCCUGCCCUCCGCUCUGAGUCCACCCAAGCUCCAGCCAGGCUUUCGGGGCGCAGAAAUGGCGGCCCACUUCUCAGGAAGCGAGGUCAAGUGCGUCAGCGUUGAGUGGGACUUCCUUCAGGGAUUGCUGGUCAAAGCCCCGCCUGUGCCCUGCCUGCAGGCCUUGAGGAAGGAGAAGUCCCGGAAUGCGGCCCGCUCCCGCCGGGGCAAAGAAAACUUCGAAUUUUAUGAGCUGGCGAAGACGCUGCCCCUGCCCAGCGCCAUCACGAGCCAGCUGGACAAGGCAUCCAUCGUGCGGCUCAGCAUCACCUACCUCCGCCUGCGGGAUUUCGCUGCCCUCGGAGACCCUCCCUGGAGUUCACCCAGAGCCGACCCGCCACCAGCGCCAGUCUCUGGUGCCCCUGGACGGAGAGAGACCUCUGCCCUAUUUGCUGACCUCUUUGAACAGCAUUUGGGAGGCCACAUUCUUCAGUCGCUGGACGGGUUCGUGUUCGCCUUGAACCAGGAGGGCAAGUUUCUCUACAUCUCAGAGACAGUUUCCAUCUAUCUGGGCCUCUCUCAGGUGGAGCUGACUGGCAGCAGCGUGUUUGACUACGUGCAUCCAGGGGACCAUUCCGAGGUGUUGGAGCAGCUCGGGCUGAGGGCUCCACCCCCUGGGCCUGGGGCGCCACCUUCUGGCCCCUCCUCCGCCUCCUCCUCUUCAUCUUCUUCAUCCUCAGCUUCCUCAAUCUCUGAAGCCCCAGAGACUGAUGAGGAGACUGAAGCGCAGACAGAAAAAGAGACUGGCUCAAGGUCACCCAGCAGAGCCAGGAUGGGAGCCCAGCUCCUCUGCCUUCACACCCUGCACUCUUUCCACUCCAAACCAUUGUCCUUCCCUCUUGUAAAGCAACCCACCUCAGAGCUGGCCCCCCCUGUGAUUGCUCCUCGAAAUCAACCUGGCUCCCUUGAACGUUCCUUCUUCAUCCGAAUGAAAUCCACACUCACCAAGCGGGGGUUGCACGUCAAGGCUUCGGGAUACAAGGUAAUUCACGUGACUGGUCGGCUUAGGACUCAGCUAUUGACAGCCCGACGAGGCCAAGCUUUGGGUCUGGUUGCCCUAGGCCACACCUUGCCCCCAGCUCCACUCAGCGAACUCCCCCUGCAUGGCCACACACUUGUCUUUCGCCUCAGCCUGGCCUUGACUAUCAUCUCCUGUGAGAGCAGGAUUAGUGACUACAUGGAUGUGGGCCCCUCGGAACUGAUUGGACGAAGUUGCUACCAGUAUAUCCACGGGGAGGAUGUGGCUGGAAUCCGCCAGAGCCACCUGGACUUGCUGGACAAAGGGCAGGUGGUGACAGGCUAUUACCGAUGGCUGCAGAGGGCUGGAGGCUUCAUCUGGCUCCAGUCCGUGGCCACAGUGGCCAUCAGUGGCAAGAGCCCAGGCGAGCGCCACGUGGUCUGGGUCAGCUACAUACUCAGUCAAGUGGAAAGUGGCCACGUGGCCCUGGAUGCUCUCCAGCUCCCCAGCACCGUCCCCCAAGAGGACCUGUCAGAUCCAGAACCUGACAUCAAAGAGUCCAAGGCCCAGGUGGAGGGUGAGCAAGGAGCCUCCCAGCCUGAGCCUGGGGCCCGCCAAGCCCGAAGCAAACGCAUCAAACUGGAACCAGCCAGAGGAAGCAGCAGCCAAGGAGAGACCACUGGCGGGGAAGGUGGUGAGGACAGUGAUGAUGGGGAGUCCAGACACCCGGUUUCUCGGCCUGAAUUCACCUCUGUCAUCCGGGCAGGGAGCUUGAAGCGGGAGACCAUGAGGCCGUGGAGCUAUGCGGCCUCCUACGCAGCUGGGGAGCCCUUCCACAGGCCCCCUUCACCUCCUGACUCCCCAUCCCCACCCACUCUGGUCCAUGCUGGUUACCUAGCCCCCACUAGGGGCCUAUAUACCAGCACCAUCCGAUAUGGGCCAGCAGAGCUAGGCCUGGCAAUCCCCACCCCAGGGCUGGUUUAUCAGCACCUCCAGAGGCUCACUGGCCCGGGCCCAACCUUUCCUGAUGCCCUCUACCCCAGCGUGCCCUUCCUGGGACCAGACAGGAAAGGGGACUGAGUGAGGGGGGGUUAGCUGGGACUGUGGACAAGUGGGAUGCAGCUGCUCGAAGGUCCAGCAUGGGCCCCCCUCCCCAGGAGUCAGGCACAGGAGACCCCUGAGGAGUAGCCACUGGCCCCAUGUCACAGCUGGACACAGGUGGAGGCUGCGCCCACUCCCCUCUCCGGGAUAGGGCUGGGCUUGGUGGGGGAAGCAUUAAAUGGCAUUCCUCAGCUCUGGCUUCCUGAUCUGCCUGUCGCCCCGUUCGGCUGGGGGGGGCGGUUAGGAGGAGGCUGUGAGCCAGGGUUUCCAGGGGAAGGAGCAGUGAGUGGGGAGACCUGAGUUUGAAUUCCCAACUGCCUCUUAAAACCGGUGACUUUGGGGCAAAUCACGUCCCAGAAUGCUCUAGCCUCAAGUUUCUUCUGCUCUGAUUGGACUAAAUGACCUCCCAGGUUCUGUCCGGUGGUAAAUGGACGAAUCUUUGACACAGGUGUCCAGGCCCAAGUUUCCCAAAGUAGAAGCUGAGAGAUUUCAGCCACAUCCGUCAUCUCUGAGAUGGAGAAAAUGAAGCCUGGAGAGGAGGGGAGUGAGGUCAGGGCCCUAGCAGAGGAACAACGGAUGGGGGGAGGCAGGGAGCUGGGUCACCAAGGCUUAGUCGGGAAAAGUGUUGUCUUGGCAGGAGGUCCUGGAUUCAGAUCCCUCAUUCAGUAACCCCGUGGCCUCUCCAAGUCCCUGAACCACUGGGGCCCUCCUAGACUCCUCCUCCUACGUAAAAAGGGGAGGGGUGGGGGUGGAUUAGACGGUCUUGGAGGUCGCUUCCAGCCCCAAGUCUACGAGCCUAGAGAAACUCAGGGACACCAGAGGAAACUGUGGGGUCAGACUGGGAUAUAGGGACCCCCUGUCCAGCAUUGGGGUACUCCAAUUGGGGCCAGGUCAGAGCUCUGGGGGGUGGGUAGAAGGCCUGCUGGGGCUCAGACUAGGGGCACAGCUGGGGGGCGGAGUGACGCAAGCCUUCCCCGCCCCCAGCCCACCCCCAAACCAAAACUCAGAGUCU